CCAGGCGCCUCCCCGCCCCCUCCCCGCGCUCCGCGGCGGCGGCGGCAGCAGGAGCAGCAAUAUGGCUGUGGAUGGGUGCUCGGGGCGGCGCUGGCGGCGGGAGGAGCUCCCCCGAGCCCCUGCGCUGGCUGUCCGUUGCUAGCUAUGGCAAAUGGUGGCGGCGGCGGCGGUGGCAGCACCAGCGGCGGCGGCGGAGGCGGAGGCAGCAGUCUUAGAAUGAGUAGCAAUAUCCACGCGAACCAUCUCAGCCUAGACGCGUCCUCCUCCUCCUCUUCCUCCUCCUCUUCAUCCUCCUCCUCUUCCUCCUCGUCCUCGGUCCACGAGCCCAAGAUGGAUGCGCUCAUCAUCCCGGUGACCAUGGAGGUGCCGUGCGACAGCCGGGGCCAACGCAUGUGGUGGGCUUUCCUGGCCUCCUCCAUGGUGACUUUCUUCGGGGGCCUCUUCAUCAUCCUGCUCUGGCGGACGCUCAAGUACCUGUGGACCGUUUGCUGCCACUGCGGGGGCAAGACGAAGGAGGCCCAGAAGAUUAACAAUGGCUCAAGCCAGGCUGAUGGCACUCUCAAGCCAGUGGACGAAAAAGAGGAGGCAGUGGCAGCUGAGGUCGGCUGGAUGACCUCUGUGAAGGACUGGGCGGGGGUGAUGAUAUCUGCCCAGACACUGACCGGCAGAGUCCUGGUUGUCUUAGUCUUUGCUCUCAGCAUUGGUGCACUUGUAAUAUACUUCAUAGAUUCGUCAAACCCAAUAGAAUCCUGCCAGAAUUUCUACAAAGAUUUCACAUUACAGAUCGACAUGGCUUUCAACGUGUUCUUCCUCCUCUACUUUGGCUUGCGGUUUAUUGCAGCCAACGAUAAGCUGUGGUUCUGGCUGGAAGUGAACUCUGUAGUAGAUUUCUUCACGGUCCCCCCAGUGUUUGUGUCUGUGUACUUAAACAGAAGUUGGCUUGGUUUGAGAUUUUUAAGAGCUCUCAGACUGAUCCAGUUUUCAGAGAUUUUGCAGUUUCUGAAUAUCCUUAAAACAAGUAAUUCCAUCAAGCUGGUGAAUCUGCUCUCCAUAUUUAUCAGCACAUGGCUGACAGCAGCUGGGUUCAUCCACUUGGUGGAGAAUUCAGGGGACCCAUGGGAAAAUUUCCAAAACAACCAGGCUCUUACAUACUGGGAAUGUGUGUAUUUACUCAUGGUUACCAUGUCCACGGUUGGCUAUGGGGAUGUUUAUGCAAAAACCACACUUGGACGCCUCUUCAUGGUCUUCUUCAUCCUCGGGGGACUGGCCAUGUUUGCCAGCUACGUCCCUGAAAUCAUAGAGUUAAUAGGAAACCGCAAGAAAUACGGGGGCUCCUAUAGUGCGGUUAGUGGAAGAAAGCACAUUGUGGUCUGUGGACACAUCACUCUGGAGAGUGUUUCCAAUUUCCUGAAGGACUUUCUGCAUAAGGACCGGGACGAUGUCAACGUGGAGAUCGUCUUUCUUCACAACAUUUCUCCUAAUCUGGAGCUCGAAGCUCUAUUCAAACGACAUUUUACUCAGGUGGAAUUUUAUCAGGGUUCAGUCCUCAAUCCACAUGAUCUUGCAAGAGUCAAGAUAGAGUCAGCAGAUGCGUGCCUCAUCCUUGCCAAUAAGUACUGCGCUGACCCUGAUGCUGAAGAUGCCUCCAACAUCAUGAGAGUAAUCUCCAUAAAGAACUACCAUCCGAAGAUAAGAAUCAUCACUCAAAUGCUGCAGUAUCACAAUAAGGCCCAUCUGCUAAACAUCCCAAGCUGGAAUUGGAAAGAGGGUGAUGAUGCAAUCUGCCUCGCAGAGCUGAAGCUGGGGUUCAUAGCCCAGAGCUGCCUGGCCCAGGGCCUCUCCACCAUGCUCGCCAACCUCUUCUCCAUGAGGUCAUUCAUAAAGAUUGAGGAAGACACAUGGCAGAAAUACUACUUGGAAGGAGUCUCAAAUGAAAUGUACACAGAAUAUCUCUCCAGUGCCUUCGUGGGUCUGUCUUUCCCUACUGUUUGUGAGCUGUGUUUUGUGAAGCUCAAGCUCCUAAUGAUAGCCAUUGAGUACAAGUCUGCCAACCGAGAGAGCCGAAGCCGAAAGCGUAUAUUAAUUAAUCCUGGAAACCAUCUUAAGAUCCAAGAAGGUACUUUAGGAUUUUUCAUCGCAAGUGAUGCCAAAGAAGUUAAAAGGGCAUUUUUUUACUGCAAAGCCUGUCAUGAUGACAUCACAGAUCCCAAGAGAAUAAAAAAAUGCGGCUGCAAACGGCUGAUAUAUUCCGAGAUGUCCAUCUACAAGAGAAUGAGACGGGCAUGUUGUUUUGGUUGCGGACGUUCUGAGCGUGCCUGCUCGUGCAUGUCAGACCGUGUGCGUGGUGACGUGGACACCCUUGAGAGAGCCUUCCCACUUUCUUCUGUCUCUGUUAAUGAUUGCUCCACCAGUUUCCGUGCCUUUGAAGAUGAGCAGCCCUCAACGCUGUCACCAAAAAAAAAGCAACGGAAUGGAGGCAUGCGGAACUCCCCCAGCUCCUCGCCCAAGCUGAUGAGGCAUGACCCCUUGUUAAUUCCUGGCAAUGAUCAGAUUGACAACAUGGACUCCAACGUGAAGAAAUACGACUCUACUGGGAUGUUUCACUGGUGCGCACCCAAGGAAAUAGAGAAAGUCAUCCUGACACGAAGUGAAGCAGCCAUGACCGUCCUGAGUGGCCACGUAGUGGUCUGCAUCUUUGGCGAUGUCAGCUCAGCCCUGAUUGGCCUCCGGAACCUGGUGAUGCCACUCCGUGCCAGCAACUUUCAUUACCAUGAGCUCAAGCACAUUGUGUUUGUGGGCUCCAUUGAGUACCUCAAGCGGGAAUGGGAGACUCUUCAUAACUUCCCCAAAGUGUCCAUAUUGCCUGGUACGCCAUUAAGUCGGGCUGAUUUAAGGGCCGUCAACAUCAACCUCUGUGACAUGUGCGUUAUCCUGUCAGCCAAUCAGAAUAAUAUUGAUGAUACUUCGCUGCAGGACAAGGAAUGCAUCUUGGCGUCACUCAACAUCAAAUCUAUGCAGUUUGAUGACAGCAUCGGGGUCUUGCAGGCCAAUUCCCAAGGGUUCACGCCUCCAGGAAUGGAUAGAUCCUCUCCAGAUAACAGCCCAGUGCACGGGAUGUUACGUCAGCCAUCCAUCACGACUGGGGUCAACAUCCCCAUCAUCACUGAAUUAGUGAACGAUACUAAUGUUCAGUUUUUGGACCAAGACGAUGACGAUGACCCUGACACAGAACUGUACCUCACGCAGCCGUUUGCAUGUGGGACAGCAUUUGCCGUCAGCGUCCUGGACUCGCUCAUGAGUGCGACAUACUUCAAUGACAAUAUCCUUACCCUGAUACGGACCCUGGUGACCGGAGGAGCCACACCGGAGCUCGAGGCUCUGAUUGCCGAGGAGAAUGCUCUUCGAGGGGGUUACAGCACCCCCCAGACGCUGGCCAAUAGGGACCGCUGCCGCGUGGCCCAGUUAGCAUUGCUGGAUGGGCCCUUUGCAGACUUGGGGGAUGGUGGUUGUUAUGGUGAUCUGUUCUGCAAAGCUCUGAAAACAUACAAUAUGCUUUGUUUUGGAAUUUACCGACUGAGGGAUGCUCACCUCAGCGCCCCCAGCCAGUGCACGAAGAGGUAUGUCAUCACCAACCCCCCAUACGAGUUCGAGCUCGUGCCGACGGACCUGAUCUUCUGCUUAAUGCAGUUUGACCACAACGCCGGCCAGUCCCGGGCCAGCCUCUCCCAUUCCUCCCACUCAUCCCAGUCCUCCAGCAAGAAGAGCUCCUCUGUUCACUCCAUCCCAUCCACAGCAAACCGUCCGAACCGGCCCAAGUCCCGGGAGUCCCGAGACAAACAGAACAGAAAAGAAAUGGUUUACAGAUGAACCGGAUAAUGCCUAUCCGAGAAACAUUCAAAUCAAGCCCAUGAGUACCCACAUGGCUAACCAGAUCAACCAAUAUAAAUCCACAAGCAGCUUGAUUCCACCAAUCAGAGAAGUUGAAGAUGAAUGUUGACUCCCAGGUGACCAGAACUAUUUUUUUAAAGCCUGACAAACUUCAUAAAUGGUGAUGUGACUUUUCUUCCUCUUACAUGCUGAAUCACUGGUGGAAACAUUAGGCUAAGCGAGAUUGGCAAGAAAAUAAAGUAGACAGAUCUUUCUCUUUGUCUGCCUUGAAUAUUGCUUCCAUGUAUUUUGGAAAAGAAAAUGAUUUCACUUAUAAAUGAACAUACUUAAAUAGUCAUGUAUAGCCUCUAGCAUUUUAAAUUAUUUUUAUUUAUUAGAAAGAAAAUAUAUUUUUCCUUUGUUUUCACUGUCAAAUAUCUUCCUUAUAUCUAAAUAAUGCAAAAUCAAAAUGAAUAUGUGGCCAGACUCCUUAAUAUGUAUUUCUCUUCUUUGUCUUUUUCUUUGAGGAGAAUGAUGGUCACCACCACAAUUAAUUGUAAUGAAAGGAAAUGGGUUAUCAGAAAAAAAUUUUAAAUGGUUCAAAGAUGUAAACAUAUUUUAGUACAUUCAAAAAAAGAAGACAAAAGGGUGCAGGUGAAUUUCCUGGAUGGGUCUGUGUUUUGGCUGCACUGACACCAGCUCUUAAUAAAUGGAAACAUUUAUUUUCACAGUUGAAAGUCAUAUUUUUGUAGUUUUAGUUUUCAUUCUGUAUUUCUUAUCCCUUUGUUCAUAUACUUAAAGGAGAGACCUUCUUGCAGCUUUUCUACAAUUGCCAGAUCAGGUUUACUCAGCCAACUAACAAUACCAGGAGAGUUGUGAGCACGCCUGGGAAUGUGGAAAGUGAGGACCAGAUGCACAGGAGACAUUGCUCUGUCUAUUGUUCUAGUGGUGGGAACUCCUACAUGUUGUUGUGCUUCUCAUUCCAUAUCUCCGAACUUCCCAUGCAAGUAUUUCAACUAUGAAAGGGUCUGGUGGGCUUUCCCCACUCCCCAAGUCUCAGAGAUUUUAGCCUGAAAGUUUAUAAUAAACAUUAAUGAAUAGUUUUACUUUACAGUAGGAUGUGAUAAUACACUUAUUCUUUUCAUUGAAUUUUGUUUAAAAACCAAAAAUUUUCUAUAAUCAAGGACACAACUUUUGCCCAGAUUUUAGCUUUUUAGGCUUUCCUUCUGUCACUGGGAAAAACAAAACCCACAAACUCGCUACAACAAUAUAAAAAAUAAUAACAAAAGGAAAGCAACAAAUGCACUUAAAAUAAACUGUUAGAAAAGGCCUUGGAAAAUUACCAGCAGUGAAAUCCAAUGUAUCAGCCACUUCAAUCUGAGGUCAAAAGAUUUGUUUAGCCACCAGACACAAUUACCAUGUCUCACAGCUCUGCUGCCACUUGCAUGCUCAGUGUACAGUCGUCCCAGAAACUGUUAAGUUCCAAAUGAGUUAGCAAGUCUUCUAACUUCAAAAUUAUCAACCUUUGAUACAAUGAUCAGGGUCUCUGGAGAAGCAUGGAUGUGAGAGUGAUUUUUAUUUUCUUAAAAAUGUGAACAGUGGACACUUGAAGAAACCAAACUUACCAAAAUAUCCCCAAAAGUCCCAUAAUAUCUAUUCCAUUAAUUCUUUAGGCUAUGACCCUGUGGUACCUAGUGUGUUAGCGCACAUCAGAUCAGAGGCAAGCAAUGGAGUCACCAUGAAAACACGUGUCCACUAAGUGCUCCAGUUACAGCAUAGAUGAAAUGCGCUUCCACCUCCGUCCCUGUGGAGCCAGCAUCGUUGUGCUUCCACCAUGUAGGCGCCAUCCUGAAGUGACUUGUCAGACUGUGUCGUCACAUUUUGUAGAAUUAGUUCUAUAAAAGUAUUGUGAUUAUAAUGUAUGUCCAAUUGGAUUGUUUAAAAACUACUUAUAACCAAUUGCUAGCCUACUCAGCAGACUAAAAUGACGUAAGCAGUUUAUAUUCAGGCUUAUAAACAUUUCCUGGUUUCCAACAGAAGUGAUGUUGGUUUGUGGGGCGAAUCUCUUGCUAGGAUUUUAUACCUUUCCUGAAAGCCAGGCCUUCUUUUACACGAUGAUUUUGCACUGGGGUCAUCUUAACACAUUCACAUCAAUCCACACUCUUCUUUCCUUCAUGAACCCUGGGGGACUCUUCUUCACCCUUGUUCCUACAACCAUUUCUGAAUUUGUCCUAACUAUUCGGUCUCCUCUGGCAGGUGAUGGUGGCCACCUAAAUAAUCUUAGAGGGACUUAAGCCACAGAGUCCCAUGCCUGCUCCCCUCUCUCCCCCUCUCUCCACACCAAGCCAGUCUGGAAACAGAUAUGUAAACUCCAGGCCCAUCAAUGCUAGAGAUUUGAAUCUGAAUUUUCAAAAAAUAUGACUGAGAUGGUUCUCUACAAUAAAGGUACCCCCCCACCCCCCAAAAAACUAAUAAGUGGGAAUCCAUUUUCUUCUAAGUUGGAGCAGGAUGCUCAUGCUCUUUUACCUUUGUAAUAAUGGAUUGUUCUGGGCCAGAAAAUAAAAUCAGGCAUGCUUUUAAAGAAUUGUGCAAAAAUGAUUGGUUGGUGGCUCCUUUGGUGAAAGCUGCUUGCUGGUAGGUUGAAAGUAAAAUGAAAAGAGAAACAAGGUUGUGCAAUCACUGAGGGGCUCAUCAGAAUGCGAGAGCUUCCUGGUUUGUUUCUGUUUGUUGAGGUCUCUGGCCCUGAGGAAGUGCUCACCCCACCCCACCACAACAAACUCAUCAUUCUGGAUAAACUCAGUAUAGACCAGUGAUGGCCAUCUUUGGUACAGUGUUAUAAGGCCCUGCUCUCCUAUCCUAGUUUGGGGUUCAGAAAAGCCUUUUUCCCAAACUAAAUUUUCUUGGGUGCAUUGGGUAUCAAAGGCUCACCAAAAGUCUAUUUAAAAAACAGAAAGCACCUACUUAUAAAAGCAUCAUCACUGUCACCAUCUGUCUUUUUAUAUUUUUACUUUAAUUGGAGAAAUUUUAUAUUUUAAAAUAUCACCUUGAACCAAUAUAAAACACCAUAAACAAAAGUGAUUGUAAGACAUGUCGGGGAACACCCAGAAACUCUUUUCCUUCAUAGGUUUUGUACAAAAUGUAAUUGAAGACUUUAAAUAAAGUAAGAAUUAAAUCUGUUUGUUUAGAAUUGGAAAGGGGGGAAAUGAAAAUACUUAAGAAACUUGGGGAUAUUUUCAUGUGAAAAGGUGAGAGUCCCACUGUCCUACUAAUGGUUUCAUUGAAGCUUCUAGAACUACAUCUGUAAAUAACUAGCUGUACAUUUUGAAAAUGUCCUUUAAACUCUCUGAGUCCCUGUGACCUCUUUGUAAAUGAGAGGGAUUCAUCUAGAUGAUUCUAAGAUCUCUUUAAGAUCAGAGAGGGCAUGGUCUAAGUUACGAGUGGGAGCCUGGGAACCUGCCCUUGGAGGCAAUCUUGUCUGUGCUACACUGAUAGUCCUCCUAGCUGUCCCACUCAGGCAGUACUGCAAAGGGCCACGUGCAUUUUAUGCUCUGGACACAAAGCAGUUAGUUUCAUUUUUCUGCUUUACAGUUUGGAAUCUCUUUAGGUUCAAAACACAAAUUUCAAAAUUCAUAUUCUCCUGAACCACAUUGAUUAAAUUUUUCUGUGUGUUUCUGAGGUUUUCUUUGCAAUCUCAUUCCUGCCUGCCCUUUUUCUUGGCUCAACAUUCAGUUUUGGUCAAUCCCUUCACCUCUAACCCAUAUCUCCAAUUUCCAUUAUGUAGUUUGAGGCUCAUGAAAACUAGAUUCCUGAAGUUUUCAUCAUUUUUUACUUUUGCAUGCACAUCUGGGCUUUAGGAAGUAAUCAGUCAUAUCUCACUUUAUUCCAUAUUCACUGUUUAUUUGAUUUUUUCUUUCAGUUUUACACUAUCUCUUUGCUACUUACAUUCAUAAGUCUAGUUUUGAUCUAUCAUUUUUUAUUGUUGAAGAGAACCUCAGUAAAAGAAGCAAGGGAGGAAAGUAUAAAAGGAGGAAGAGAUAUAGAAAGAGAGGGAAAAAGAAUAUCAAACUAACUGACUGGUAAGCCUCCUAAUUCAUAGGAGACUAGGCAAAUCCAUUCAACUUGGACAUAGAGUUCCAGUGCAGAAUCUGUCUACUUUCUAUUCUGUCUCUGUAGUCUGCCUAUUUCUAUUCUGUUCCUUUUUUCUGCCUUUGGAGUGGUGGUAAAAUCACCAGUUACCAUGGUCCAUGAAAAGACCUUUACUAGUUAGAGCUUGACUUACCAUCUUUUAAAAACAGAAGGAACUGAGAAUUGACUUACAACCUACCUGGUUAAUCACCUUUCUGCCCUGCCUCUAUUCAUCCCAUGUUCCCAAAGGGCAUUUUUUUUUCUAUUUAGAACAUAUGAUUUAAAAUUUGAAUUCCAUGUUUAUUUGAGGAGCUAAGGUGGUCCUUUGGAUUUAUUUAUGAGAGAUUAGUAAUUAGAAAUGAUUUCUAGCCAGUUUGUGCUAGUGCGACCAUAUUAGUGUUUAACUGAAGUCUAUUUUAAUGAUUGUUGCCCAAGCAAUAACAGUUGUUAAUAUUUUCAAAAUUGCCAUGCAACAAUUCAAAUACUUUAGGAACUACAGAGCUUGCCAUUCCUAUUGUACGUUUGCUGGGAACAGGCACAAAGAGAAAGCAGCGUGUGUGCCUGAUGCAGAAGGCCCCCACAACAGUGGAAGGGUCCACGAUACCUUGGCCUCAUGUGGUUAGACUAGGAAGCAAUUUUAAGUGAGGCUCUCUGUACCAGACCUUCCUUUUUGUGCCUUGUUUUCUUUAGCAAGAAAGGGGGACUGAGACUUCUGGAUCUAAAGAUAGGCUAAACUCAGGACACUUGUCAAGGAGCUGGGAAGAAAGAACAAAACCAAAAGAAUAUAAACAGCAUUUUAUAGCACCAUCAGCCAGGAGCAUGUGUGUCAUGGCAGGAGUUAGUGCUUUGGGUUGAAAUGAGGGAGAGGUUGCAUUGACCUCUGUGGGUUGGGGAAAAUACAGAGGAACAUAAUGCUUGGUGGGUUUGGAGGUAUUUCAAUAGGCAAUAAGUGAUUGGAGAAAUGUGGAGCAUGAGGGUUUUCCAGGGAGAGGGGGUUUAAUGGGCCAUAGCUCGUUGGUAAAAAUGUGAUUUAAAGACAUAGACCAUUUUGUCUGUGGGGUUGAAGUCACAUAGGAGAGCUGAAGAGAACUAAGAUGAGACUUCCUGGAAGAGACUAGAAAGUAAAUAGUUUUAAGGGCCAAGCUAAAAGUUUGAGACUUGAUUUUAAAAGUCAUAGAAAGCCACUAAAAGUUUUAAACAGAAUGAUGAAUACCAAUGCCUGUGCAUUUGUCAGGUUGAAAGUUUUGAGAUGUCAGUUUCUCCUGGAAGUCAUUGUGAGAGUGUGCACAAGGUUGAACGUUUUCUUAGUAGCAAUGCGUUCCCAGGGAUGCACACUCCAAAUCAACACUCAGCGUUCUGAAGCUCCUGUCUUUCUCCAAUAUGUGCUAGGGACCGUGAUAACUGUAGCAGCUUAGUUGGAGUUGUAGAGGCUGGUGUGUGGACUGGGAGUUGGGACAGUGACUAUAAUUCUGAAGGGUCUUUGUGAAGGGAACACUGAAUGUGGACCUCAAGAGAAGAAACAUGUGGAGGGAUAGAAAAGAAGACAGGAAGGGGAGCCAGCAAGUAUGGGCAGCUAAGAAAUAUAUUGGAUUCACCCAGAGUGCAAGAAGCUGAGAGCUAUGAGUAAGGGAAGGCAUCACAGGAACAAGGAGUAAGAAAAGUAGUGUGGAUGAGAGGGUUACCACAGACCUUGUGGAUUUGCAAACCAGGCCCACAGAAGUACUUGUAAAGUGGGGAGCGUGGCUGAAUUCUCCAAGGGAGGAAGUGCAGGCAUGAAAAAUCAGCUGUCAGAAGACUAUUAGGGGGCUAUAUCCAUAUUUUUAGGAGCUAAGAGGAGUAGGAUAAGUAGACACUCCUGGCAUAGAGGACCUAGGGUACUCCAGAAUCAGGAAAAUGGGGAACAUGAGAGGGACACUUUAAGAUAGAAAGGGUAGCUUAUCUAUGAGGUUGGAGCUGAAGGGUAUUGGAGAUCAUGACUCAGAAGUAAAAGGACUCACUUGAUUAGACCAGGAAAUGUGUCUAUGUGUCAAGAGGCCUGGCUCGGCAUGGGCAGUCGUCGGCCAGCGUGUGUUGCUUUGGAUGCCAUGGGCAGUGGAGGUUGGAGAACUCUCCUAGGUCCCUGGCCUUCUUCCUGGAGAAGGAUUCAGAAGAGAGGGCCUCUUCUUUCACUUUCCUGUGCAUGUCACUGUGUUGUUUCUCACCCCCCAACUUAGGCACACACACCUGAGCUUUGGUUUCAGGCUUUUUAAAUGCUGUGAUCAUUUUGCUUUGGUGGCUUUUCUUGACAGGCAGCAUGAGGAGAGGGUCUUUUCUGGCCUGGUGAAAACUGAGCUUAAUUUCUAGGUAGGCUUUAAAUUUAAAAAAGUUUCAUUUGGCCUGUUUAUCCCCUUGAGAAUUUCUGUGUUUCUUCUCCACAUUGCUCUUCAGCACAACAGGGACAAAGUGACACCAAAGCUGUCCAAUGUACCUGUGUUGGGAAGCAGUGCUGGUCCCGUUGCUCAGAAUCUCAGAGAUGUAUAUAUGGCACUGACACAUACCUGCCAGAGCAAACCAGAGUUUUCCUCACAUGGGAUUCAGGACCCAUUUGAGAAGGCAGCCAGCAGGGUGGCUAGACACCCACUUCCACACUGCCCACCCCAGACAGGCCUGCUCCCCUUCUCUUCCUGCCCCUGAGCACAGCCUGAGACAUGUUUGACCAGAAAUGAAUCACUUCAAACGUAAACUUCAAGAUCGGCCUGAAAUCCUAAUUUAAAAUGUUCCAUUCCUAGGUGGCACAAUCACUUCCUGCCUAAAACUUCUGGCCCACUUCCCACCAUGCAGAGGCUGUAAAGAAAUUUCCCCCCACUUAACACCAACACCUGCACUCCACAUUUCUUCAGGG